AUGGUGUGGUCUACCAGCAAGCAACAAGGAGGAGAGCGAGAAGAAUCGAAGCAGCACAAAAUGGUAAAAGAGGUGAAGACACCUAUCUUCACGCAUCAGCUCUCCUUCCAUUCUCUUCCCCUUAACAAAGUCAAGAACAUCGAGGUCGACCGCUUGAGGCUGUCUUUCACGACGCCGAAAAAUUCUACGCUGGUCCCCGUUGAUUCCGGUUCUGAUGAAGAGAGUGACGAAGAUCGAGGCUGUUCGGACAUCGAUUCUAACAAGCCUAUGGACGAAGGGUUAGAUCACAUCUGUAGUGGUCUGCAUGCUAUUCCCCGGAAAAACAAAGCAAGAUCGGCCAAGAAAAGAUCCCAUAAGAUCAGCUCUAGGAAAUUCUACAAAAUAUUCAGUUGA